AUGACGAAGGCACGGCGUGGGCCUUCACUCGUUCAGGCCCGCAGCCCUCCCGGCAACAAGAAUCACAAUCAUUUCCAUUCCUUACAAAGACGUAACAUCAACACCAACCCUCAUAUCAACAGCAACAACGACGGCCCUGAGCCGCACCACCAGCACCACCAGCACCACAACCGUCAGGCCCCUGAUGCCGCACCAACCCCCGCUGCCGAUUCAGCACUCGUCACUCACGUCGUCCAGACCGUCUCCGUCAUUCAAAUCGUCGACGGCAACGGCGUUCCUGUCCGCGUCCAGACUCAGUUUGCCGAACCUGCUACUGUGGUGAUCGACCCGGUCGCCGGCGUGACCGUCGACUAUUCUGUUUACCAGGCUGCUGGCGGUAUCCCCACGGCGCAGCCCGAACCUCCUGCCACCCCGGCCCCAGGAGAGGUGCAGCCAGGGUCUGCUCCGAAGCCUGCUGCCGAGCCUGCUGUCGAUCCAGCACCGGUCCCUCAGACGGAUUCUCUUCCUUACCCCGAGACGAACCCUCCGCCAGAGACCGUUCCGCUCGAAUCCAGCUCUGUGCUGACCCCGGCGAUCCCAAGCGAUGAGACAGUACCGCCUACCUUUCCCCCGACGCCCAUGUCGUCUGAAGUUCCUCUAGAAAGUCAGGACCAGCUCCCGACGUCCGCUCCUUUAACCACUCCUCCACUAGCCUUCCCAACUCUGAGCGCUGGCUCCAAUUCGACCAUACCCGGCUCCAAAUCUAUACAACAGUCCCGCUAUGGCAACAACAAUAGCUCUUCGCUGCACCUUCUCGCCGAAAGCGGUUCCGCCUCGUCGUCGCCGUAUUCGUUCCUCUCAAACUCGGACGCCAGCAGUUCGAGCUUACCCACCACGACGACCAGCUACUUCACCACGACAUCUUCUCUUGCCAGCUCGACUGGUGCCUCGCUCUCGGGCUUUUACUCCACCGCUUCAGGUGCCUCCGGCGCUGGAGGAGUAGGGGGCUCUACCCCUUCGGCUACGGCGACAGCUGACCAGGAUGCCGACGAGGCGCCCGUUGAGACUGGCAUGGUCGUUGGUAGCGUGGUAGGCAGUAUUGCCGGUGCCGCCCUUAUUGUUUUCCUCGUUCUCUUCGCCCUGAAAAUGCGCAAGCGUCAACAGGGCCGCGUCAUGUUAGGCGAUGGGAACAGCACCAACACCCGUGGCAUGCUGACGGGUCCUAACGGUCCGCCCGGGGGCAAUAGCGGAGCCAGUGCUAUGGUUCAGAGAUCCCUCGGUCUCGGCUCCGCGGCCCUGGCCGGGCUCGGCGCGAAGCGUGCCUCUCGCCAGGCUUCCGAGCAGCCCGAGGAAGCCGGCGAACGUGGUUUCUACCGGGUCUCCGGCAGGAAGCUUCCGCCGGUCCUCCAAGCUGGCGGCGAUGGAUACACCGAUCCCCGCAUGAGUGUCGUGAGCAAUGACGAGUCCGUCUACUACCGUCAAUCGACCACCUUCUUCGAUGACCCAGCCUCCGGGUCUACAGCACCCCGACUGGCGCUGGGCUCGCCCAUGCGACCUGUCAGCGGCGUGCCCAUUAUGCGGUCCGGCCCGGCACGCACACCCGUUCAGGAGUCGAACCCCUUUGCCGACCCCGCGCCGCCGUCUCACCUGAUGGUUCCGCCUUUGCGGGAUGCUGUCGGCCGGUCCUUGACCUCACAGGACGGCUCCAGAGGUUCAGUCUCGCGGUUCACCGAGGAGAUCCGCUGA